AUGGGCAUCAGAACACUGUUUCCGGCUUCCAGCCAGAAGCCGCGAUCGCAGUACUCUAUUGCUACAAAUAUUGGAUCUGGCAAGAAAACCGGGUUUGGCCCCUGGGCUGGGUGUGACAUCGCCCUUCUCAAGGACAACUUCUCGGUGACAACUUGGCUCCUUAUGGGUGGUGCCAUCCAGAUCCUGCUUUCUUUUAUCUUUCCUCGAUCUUAUGCCGCUUUCCCGGUUCUGCUCUUCUUGGCCUGGAACAUCAUUGAUGCUUUCUUGAUGCACUUUGGCCUGAAGAAGAAUAUCUGGGCUGAGGGUGUUAUCGAUGGGAAAUGGAGCGUGGCAUAUCCUUCCGAGGGGGAGAAAGAGGUUGUCCAUGGCAAUCCCGGCGAAAACGGCCCAGGCGCCGUCAUGAUUCUGGGAGCAAGGUGCAAUUCACCGCUGGGCUUAUUUGCUGAAGGCUACAAGGAGGUCGCCGAUUGGUUUGAAGUCAUGCUUAGGCAAUUAGAGGACAGUCGGGAAGAAACUGGUUUCAUGGGCAUGUCAAUCUGGCUCAAUGCGGGCGAACGGUCUACCGGCAAUGAACUCGCGACCAUUUCGUACUGGCGUUCGAUCGAGGACAUCCACAAAUUUUCCCUGUCGCCGAUUCAUCGCCAGGCCUGGAACUGGUGGAACGACACCGUGUCCAAGCACAAGCACAUCGGCAUCAUGCAUGAAAUCUUUGCUCUGCCGGAACGCCAGGGCUGGGAGGGUAUCUAUGUUAACUACCAUCCAACCGGCCUGGGCAUGACGAGUCGGGCUGCUGGGCCAGCUGAGAAGGGAGGUGAGAAGAUGUGGAUCAACCCCAUCGUGGAUGCCACUCGAGGCCCCUAUUCGACUAGUCGAGGGCGCAUGCACAGAGGAGACCCUGAGGGCAAGAGUCACGAAAACGUGGCCAGCAAUCCCUAUUCUCAGGCUGUCCUUGUGGAGUAG